AUGCUGAUAUUGAUGUCGGUGACGUUGGAUGUUUCCAGGCCUGGCGACCAUCAACUCGAGUGUGUGGCAGCAGUUGGGGCCUCGAGGAGUGGAGAACUCCGCGGAGUUCCAGGGCGCUCUGCUGGAGGCCGCUGCCGUGGAGCUCGGCCUGAAUCUCACGGACAUGAGGGCCCCCAGCGGAUUCCCGGCCCUGCUGCCAACUCCAGAGCCGACUCCUCCUCUGCUGUUGCUGCCGGCGGAAAUGGCGGAGUUGGAGGCGCAGCUGGAGAUGGGCGCCGUGGGGCUUGGCCUGGGUGCAGAGGGGCCGCUCGGCCUGGACGGCCAGGCUAUGGAGCUAGGGCCCUCCCUGGGCCUGGACUCCGCGCUGGAGCUGGCGGGGGGAGACGCGGAGGAGGAGGAGGUGCGGGGGUUCGACUCCACGCCGUGGGGCGGAGACGAGAAGAAGGAGGAGGAGGUGCGGGGGUUCGACUCCACGCCGUCGUGGGGUGGAGACGAGAAGGAGGAGGCGUUGGCGUUGCAGGAGGCGCUUGGGGAGAACCGGCAGCUGAGCGCCGCCCUGGAGCGGAGGGACGCUGAGGCACGGAGGCUGCGUGCCAGGAACUUGCGACUCCGCCAGCUAGCAGAGAGCGCACGGACACUGAGCGCCACGCUGGAGAAUCUGUCCCAGGAAUGGCCAGGGCUGGCUGAGUGUCCCCAGCAGCCAGAGCAGGGCCUGAGUGGCCAGGCCGUGAGUCGUGCCGAGGGUCGCAUGAGGGACCUGCUGGAGGAGGCAUCGCGCUGCGUCCUGCAGCUCGACCCCUCCUCCACCUCCUCCUCUAUCUUUCCUCCUUCCCCCUUCCCCCUCUACCCCCCUCUUCCUCCUCCGCACUCCUCCUGCCUCACUCCUCCCAGGGAGUCCAAACGCCGCCGCCUCGAACGGGGGGGCGGCCCCGAGGCGGUGGGCGACCGCUCGUGCCGGCGGCUUCGCGGCAGCGACGCCGCCGGCACCGCCGACCGCGCGCACACCGACGUCGCCGUCGACGCCGCGGCGAGGCGCGCGGUUGGGGGUGGCCCCCCCCCUCCCCUCUCUGCCCCCGCGCUGCACGGCCGCUUUGCGGGCUUCGUGACGACAUCGCCGCCGCGAGCGACGCUCCGGGAGCCCGGGGGAGAUGACGAGGGGGGGGGGGGCCGGGUUCCGCGCGAGCGUCCGCGAGCACGGCACGGCCAGGACGCUCGUCUUCCGGCGUGCCAUCGCGCUCGUGGCCUGGGCCGCCGCCGAGGGCCGCUACCGCUUCCGCUGGCAGCCCACGUGAGCCACGCCGUCGUUGUGAUCAUCACCGGUGUGGACAUCGUGGACAUCAUCGUUGGUGUCAAUACCCAGGAACUGACGAACCCGGACGAGGAACUCAUUAACCCAGACUAGGAACUCCUGAACCCGGACUAGAACCUAGAGCAGGGUGCUUAGCGUGGGGCUGCCCCUCAAGAGCGUGGGUCCGGACCGCUUUAGAAGCUGCACUUUGGUCGCAGGCAUGUGGAAUGGUGACAAGGCUGGCUCCCGUAAUGGGAACGUGGAAAUCCUACUGCUGGCUCAUCGCCCGCUCAGGAUCAACAGCCCCUCCUCAAGCGGGGGUCCCCGACGAACGCUUGGCAAGAGAUCUCGUCAAUGAAUGCCACAUGAGGUGGUCAUGCUGUGAGCCCUCCCCUGUUGAGGUUAGGGCUCUGCUGAUAGCAACGCGGCCGACUCUGACAUGAGUAAACCUAUUACCCCGAUGCUACAUAUUAACUUAUUGCUUAAUUUAUUUUCGUAUUUAUUUUCGGCCCCCCCAAGAUCAAGAAAAGUUUUGCCAAGGCAAAUAUCAUUUGUGUUGUGUGAUGCAAGCUGUACUUGUGUAGUGUCAGCAGAGUGGGAGGCAAGGGUUUCAGGAGCACCUUCUUUAUUAACAUCUUCAGGUUCACCCUCGCGCUCUCCCUCGUCAUCUAGCCUUGCCUUAACACAACCCUGACCGUGUUACACUGACGGUGCCGACGGAGACAGCCAACAACUAUCCAGCGGCGCAAUAUUUAGUGAAGACGGCAGCAAUGAAGGCGGCGAAGACAACUGCGACGACGAUGAGACGAGUCCACUUCCCAAAACCGGCAGCCACGAGCUCCCGUUCUCAGCUGCUUUUAUGCUACCCGGCGCGACCUGGCUCCGCCCUGGCCACGCCUCCCUUCUCGAACACACCAGCGGGUUCC